ACUUUGCUGGUGAGAGAGCAAAAGAGUUGAUUCACUUAUAAAGGCGCGGGAAAACGGAAAAAUUGAAAAAAAAAAAAAAUUAAAAAAGAAGAAAGAAAAUGGAAAGAAUAAACGUGGCGGUGAGAGCACGACCAUUAUCACCGGAAGAUGCUAAAACAAGCCCUUGGCGAAUCUCCGGCAACUCCAUCAUCUUCUCAAAUCCACCCACCAAGUUUGAUUUUGACCGAAUUUUUGGCGAGGAUUGUAGAACUGUUGAUGUUUAUGAGUCCAGAACGAAAGAUAUUGUUUCGGCAGCUGUUGGUGGAUUUAAUGGCACUGUUUUUGCCUAUGGGCAAACCAACAGUGGCAAAACGCAUACUAUGCGUGGGUCUAAUGUUGAACCUGGAGUCAUCCCUCUAGCAGUGCAUGAUCUCUUUGACAUGAUACAACAGAAAGCAGAACGGGAGUUUCUUUUAAGGAUGUCCUACAUGGAGAUCUAUAACGAGGAAAUCAAUGAUUUGUUGGCUCCAGAACACCGAAAGCUUCAAAUUCACGAAAGCAUCGAGCGUGGUAUCUUUGUUGCUGGUUUGAGAGAGGAAAUAGUUACCAGCCCAAAACAAGUUCUUCAGUUCAUGGAUUUUGGUGAAGCUCAUCGUCACAUUGGGGAGACAAAUAUGAAUUUACACAGUAGUAGAUCUCACACCAUUUUCCGCAUGAUUAUUGAGAGUAGAGAUAAAGUUGAAGAUGAAUAUGCUGAGAGUUCUUGUGAUGCUGUUCGUGUAUCCAUUUUGAACUUGGUAGACCUUGCUGGUUCUGAGCGAGCUGCUAAAACUGGUGCAGAAGGUGUUCGUUUGAAAGAGGGUUCUCACAUCAACAAAAGCUUGAUGACGCUUGGAACUGUUAUUAAAAAGCUUAGUGAAGGUGCUGAGAGCCAGGGGGGUCAUGUCCCGUAUCGAGACAGUAAACUUACACGCAUCUUGCAGCCUGCGCUGGGUGGGAAUGCAAAUACGGCCAUCAUAUGCAACAUUACCUUGGCACAGUUUCAUGCUGAUGAGACUAAAAGCAGUCUUCAGUUUGCAAGUAGAGCUUUACGUGUGACAAACUGUGUUCAUGUGAAUGAGAUUUUGACGGAUGCUGCUUUAUUAAAACGUCAAAAAAAGGAAAUUGAGGAGCUGCGGGCAAAGUUGCAAGGUUCUCAUUCAGAUCACUUGGGGGAGGAGAUUUUCAACUUGAGGAAUACAUUGUUGCAGAGUGAAUUGGAAAGGGAGCGAAUAGCUUUGGAGCUUGAAGAGGAAAAGAAAGCUCAAGCUGAACGAGAUAAAAUGUUACUUCAGCAAGAGAAGAAGAUACAAAACUUAAGUUCUAUGGUUUUAUGCUCCAAUAGAGACGAGAUUCAUGAUCACCGCCAAAAGAAGGAAAAGCGGCGUGAUACUUGGUGUCCUGGGAAACUUACAAAGAAAAUGACAAAUGAGCGAGCUUCCGUUAUCCCAGGACAAGAGUGUGCAGUGAAAUCAACUGAUCGUGAAAGAGGACCACUCCUACCUUUUGAGGAACUAGUGAAUGAUAAAACCUUAAAUGCAUGCAAGCAGGAGAGGUACCAUAAUAAUGUGGCUUCGUGUGAUUUUGGCCUUCCAAAUCCACGCUCGUUGAUGCAUGUUACAAGCAGGAAAAAGGCAUCAGUCAAGAGAAGGAGCUUACCUAUGGAAAAUGCUGAACUGACUGAAAUGCGAGAGGAAUAUGAGAAAUUGCUUUCACAAUUUGAAUCUCAGAGAACAAUGAGCGAAAUACAAAUUGACUACUUAAAAAGAAGACUAGCGGAGGCAAACUACAAACCUGAUAGUGAUGAAAAAGCUGUUCAAUUUAGCACUAUUAAAAGUUCAAAUGAAACGGAGGAAAAUCUCAUUAUCAUGCAACUUCAAGAAAAGCUCUCAAUGUUGGAGAUGGAGAGAUUGUCAAGCUUGCAGAAAUUCGAGUCUGCUGCUGAAUUAGAAAAACAGAAUUCCACUAAAAGUUAUGAAGAGUUACACAUGAAGUUCUUGGCUGCACAGGAGGAAGCGAGUUUUGCUCGUCAACAACUUUCCUUUAUGAAUGAGAACGGUGAGGUCUUAAUGAAGUUAUGUGCAGACAUCCAAGAAAUAACUUUUGAUGUUCAGCGUUUAAAAACUGUUGUUGAGUCAAUGAUGGAUGAGCAUCAGCAAAGUUGUUCUGCAUUAUCAGACCUUAUUGUUGAUAUCAAGUCUAUCUAUUCCCAUGAUUUUAUUCAAAUAAAAACAUUACUUGGUGGUUAUGAAAAAAUUCAUUCUUCCAUGAAAGCCAAAGUAGAUGAAUUUGAACAUGAAAAGCUUAUAAUGCAAAAUAAAUCCGAGGACCUUCAGAAGAGGGUAGACGAAGCAUGUUUAAAUGAUGAAAAUUCAGCACGGACUUUAUCAGAACUUUCUGAAAGUCAUGAAAUGGAAAUAGCCGAGUUUAUUUCUCGUAUCAAAACACUUGAAGUUGAAGUAUCAUCUUUAGCAUCUUCUACCUUGGCUAGGGAGAAUGGAAGUAUGAGAAAAGACCUUGAGAAAACAAAAGCAAAACUCAAAGAAACAGAGUUUAAGUUAAGGAAUACUAUUCAAGAGAAAACAAAAUUAGAGGGUGAAAAAGCAUCCGUGGAGAGAGAAAUAAAACGCUUACACAAUCAGAAAGCUAUACUUGAACGUGAUAGGAGCAAACGUGAGUCAUUUGCUGAUAGAAGGCGAGAUUCAGUUAUGGAUAGAAGUUCAAAUAUAUAUGACCCAAGAAAAGUCAAAGGACUCAGUGCUACCGUUGAUCAGGAAGAGUACAGAAAACUUGAAGUACUUGCAUUUGAAAUGGAGGCUACUAUUGGUUCUUUAGAAGAAAAAAAUGCAAUCAUUAAUGAUGAAAAAGAACAGGCCGUAUCAAGAUCUGAAAGUCUAGAGUUAGAAGUACAAGAGUUGUCUGAUAAGUUAAACUUCUCAGACUCAGAAUUGAAGAGUCUAGUGGAACUGGUUUCAAGUCUUAGGGCCAAGUUGGAAGAAGUUGCACAGCAUAAUCAGAGCUCAGAUAGCUUAAUUAGUAGGUUGGAGGCGGAAAAGGAAGAAAUGGCUAUGCAACUUACUAAUGCUAUUAUGGACAUUGAGGAAGAAAGGGCUUUAUGGUCCACCAAAGAAAAAGAUUCUAUUGAAGCCAUGGAAAGAAAAUUGAAGGUCUAUAGUGAUGAGAUUGCUUUGUUAACAGAUUCAAUGUCAAAGCUGAGGAAUGAACUAGGGAAGUGCACAGAAGAAUGUCAGGUCGUCAGUAAAAAACUUAGUUAUGCCGAGGAGCAAAUGGAAGUGGAGAAGGCUUGCAAUACCGAGAAAUCACUUGAAGUCGAGCGAUUAAAGAAUGAUAUCAGAUUGCUUGAUGAUCAGAAAAGAAAAUGCGAAGAUAAAUUGCGUGAUCAGCUUCUUGAUGUUGCAAAGAACAGAGAUGAGGUAAUGGCUCAGGCGGAGGAACUACAGAAUCACAAGCUCUUAGCUGCGGAAGCUAAAAUAAAGGAGUUGACAUCGAAGCUAUCUAGUCUAGAAGUCAUGAGGCACAAGGAUGGCGCAAGGAACAACAUAGAGACAACCAAAUUGAGGAUGCGGUUUGAUGGAGUGCAAACAAAGUUGGAUAGCAUUCGACUGAGAUACCAAGAAGAAAUGCAGGUGAAAGAUUACAUGCAUAAGCAAUUUGAAGAUGCUACAAAGAAGUUGAAGAAUCAACUUGUCUCCCUUGGACAUGAAAACUUGAACCUCAAGAAGGAAGUUGCUCUCCUAAAGGGAUGAUCAUUCAUUAGGACGACUUGUUUCUUUAUAUACAUGUACAUAUUUUUUUGUAAAUUGCUAUUGUUAUUAUUUUGGUGUUUAUUUGAUCAUAUUUGGAGGUAGAAGUUUGCAAGAUAAUGAUCCAAAAUCAUUGCUUUUCAA